AUGACAUUAUCUGUCGCAGAAAAAUCAUAUCUAUACGAUUCAUUAGCAUCUAGUCCGUCGAUUAGACCAGAUGGUAGACAACAACAUCAAUUUAGACCUAUCGAAAUAUACACAGACUUUUUACCAAGUUCUAAUGGUUCUUCAAGAAUAAUAGCAAGUGAUGGUAGUGAAUGUAUAGUGAGUGUAAAAGCCAAAGUUGUUGACCAUACUAUUGAUGAUGACCUUUUACAAAUAGAGGUUGAAAUUGCAGGUGAAAGAGAUGAUUCUUUAAUUACUGAAAGUUGUACAUCAUUGUUUAACAAAUUAUUGCGGAAUAUCGAUAUUAAAAAAUUACAAUUAACUAAAAAAUAUAGUUUCAAGUUGUUCAUCGAUGUGCUAGUUAUUUCUUCCAAUUCAAACCCUGUAUCCUUAAUAUCAUUUGGUAUAUAUUCUUCCUUAAAUUGUACAUCAUUACCAAAAUUGGUUUCAAAUUUUGAUGAUUUAGAAGUGGAAGAAUUACCAAUGUUUCAUGACUAUGAUUUAGUUAAAUUAGAGGUCGAUCCACCUUUGGUAUUUGUAUUAGGUAUAGUUAAAAACAAUAUAUUUAUAGAUCCUGCUGCAAAUGAGAGUGAGGUGGCAAAUAAUGGUCUCAUGAUCAGUUGGAUAAAUGGAAGAACAAUCGCCCCAAUGAGAACAUUCGCUUUGAAUGAUACCAAUACGAAAGGGUUCUCUCCCAAACUAAUGCAAGAAGGGAUAAAAUUAGUUGAAAGGUAUGCACCUGAUAUCGCAAAUGCAUUACAAAAUAUAUAA